GCUUGGAAGAAGGUGAAGAAAACCUAAUCAGAUCAAAAAACGCGUACAGCUUGUUUGAGUGCAAAACUUUUCGUGAUUAUGCAACAUUGUGUGGAACGUCGCACGUAUUAAUCCUGGCCGAUAUAGUGACAAGCUUUAAUAACUUUGCCAUGGAGAAAUUUGAGUUGUGCUUUUUUGCACUACGUAACACUGUCAUCUUUUGCUUGGGAUAUUUGCACUAGAAAAAUUUUCAAUGGCUUCCAAUUCAUCAAGGAUAAAAAUAUGAUUGAAUUCAUCGACUAUGUAGGAGGGCCGUGCGGAAGCGUGGUUAGACUUUUGGAAGCAAAAAAUGAGAGACUUCGUACAUUUACUACAGACAAAGAACGGUCCCACAUAUUAGUGGUGGACGAGAAUGCAAUGUACGGAAACAUUAUUCGCAGCAGUAAAAUCCCCUACUCUGAAUUCGAGUGGGUGGAGGAUUUAUCGACCAUAGAUAUAGAUAACUAGGACGAAAAUUCAGACACAGGUUACAUCAUUUCUACAGAUUUAGACUAUCCGCGAGACGUGGCUUCAAAAACAUUAAAUUUACCAUUGCUGCCUUACCGCCGAAGCAUGAAUCUGUCAGAACUAUCCAACAAGGAAAAAAAAGCAUGGGCUGAAAUGCAUGGAAUGGGUAAUUCUGGGGGAGUGGAAUCCAGAAUAAUACUUGAUGUCAAAAAUAAAGUUGAUUACAAAUGUGAAAUUGCGACUUUAAAGUAUUACAAGUCAAGGGGAAUUGUGAUUCGUAAGAUUAAUAAAGCAAUAAAAUAUAAGCAGACCAACUGGCUAGGGGAUUUUUACGAGUUAGUGUCAACGUUAAGAAGAGAGGCGAAAUUGUCAGGGGAUGAUAUUGGGUAUUUAUUUCUCGAGUAUACAAGAUCGAAUAUUUGGGUACUUCAUGCUUUCUUCUGAAAAGUAUGUGGAUGUUCAUAUUGCUAGUACAUACGACGAGGCAAUUAAAUUCAUGUCAAAGCAUAAUUUUAUGUCCUACAAAAUUUUGAAUAAAAACGAAGGAAUUGUCAUGUUUCUUAUGCGCAAAAAUACAAUCCGUUACAAUAAGAACCCUGCAGCAGCAUGUUUUGUCUUGCACAGGUUUGUCACUUUCAUCACACUAAAUACUUUCGCUGUGCAAUUGAAAAAUAUCCAGUUUUUAUAGAGCAAAACGUUCGCUGUACUCGUUUAUGGAGACACUGGAAUCAAAGUUAGGCCCGGGCUUGAAGGUUGGGUUUUUUGACACAGACGCCAUUUCAUGCCAAGUUCCAGAUCCAAAUAAUGAUUUUUUCGAUCGACUGAAGACGAUUCCGAAUCUCGACUAUUCAGAACUAAACCCAUUUCACAUACUCUAUGACAGUUCUCAUGCAGGAGAGGGUGGUUAUUGGAAAGUGCAAACACUUGAAGCUAUUGAGAUUGUGUCACUACGCGGGAAAGCCUACUCUGUCAAAGAAUUCUGCAUCCUUUGCAAUAAUUCUGGUGAUCGGAAUUGUGUGUGCUCUGGUCGGAAGGCGUGUUCCGGGUUUCCAGACGCUAAAAAUAGGUUGACACACGAUAUGUACAAGCAUUCAUUGUUUAACCACCAACCACGCCACGUCAAUGUCAACCUCCUUCGAGCAAAGGAUCAUAAAUUGAGCAUUGUGAAAAGACGAUUUACUGCUUUCGGCGGUACAAAUAAUAGUCUCAUCAUACUUCCUGACGGUAUUAACACACUUCCGUUUGGAGCUGACUGGCUUAUUCCUUAGCUAACUCCAGUAUAAAAUGGAUCCCUUCAAAAUUGGCCUAAAUGAAGAAUUAUUACAUUACAAAGUCCCCCAUCCUUUUACAGGCCUCAUUACCGGUAAUAAACCACGUAACAAAAAUAAUAGGCAACUUUUCAACUGUAUUAUUCUUCCAGGAAACCAAAACGUGGAUAAAACGUAUGAAAUUUGUCGAUGGAUUGUAAAUCGUGAAAAAAUAUU